GUAUCUAUCCAUGUUUGUGUCCAUUGAACGAUGUCGCCGCAACGAGUAUUGUUGUCCUAUUUUCUGCUUUGGCAAAUCCGCCGGACUCUGGGAAGCGACUGCGGCCGAGCUUUAGGUGUACCGGAUUUGCAAGGAAAGAUAGUCGGAGGAUACGAUGUGGGCUAUUACAAGUAUCCUUGGUUCGCGAGUCUCUUAUUAGAUGGUCAGCCUUGGUGCGGUGGGACCCUGAUCGGCCCGAAGACCGUCGUGACAGCGGCGCAUUGCUUCAAACAGUACCUCGUCCAGCCGAACGCGGAUCUGAGUCGCAUCUACACGGUCAAAUUGGGUCUCUACAAUUGGUGUCACAACGAGUCCAGCGCGAAGGAGUACCACGUGAAGAAGGUGGAUGUUCACGAGAACUACAUGAAGAAGAAACCCUACUACGACAUCUGUCUUUUGACGUUGAACCGAAACGCCGAAGAGUACACGCCCGCUUGUCUUCCGCCCGCAUCUCUGGAUGAUCGGACGAGAGGUAGGGAAGCUGUGAUCAUCGGCUUGGGAACGGCCAAGUACGGAGCGGACAAGUAUCCGUGCAGCAUGCACGAGGGCAGAGUCCUGAUCUACAAGGAUAAAACAUGCAAGAGUAUGAUCAAAAACGCAACUCAGGACAAAGAGGAUUACCCGAUGACGAACGCGUUCUGCGCCGGAUACAUGGAAGGUGGCGUGGACGCCUGUCAAGGUGACAGCGGCGGUCCGAUCAUGUCCAUGGGACACAACGGAAGAUACUCAAUUAUAGGUUUAACAUCUUUCGGAUACGACUGCGCCAAGAAGGAUCUAUUGGGGAUCUACACGGACGUGUCGCAUUACCUGGGAUGGAUCAAGGAGAAGAGCGGGAUCGAAUCGCAGGCGGCUGCGAUAACAACAUCGAAACCGGACGCCGAAGUCAAGCCAACGUCUUCCGAUAACGUCACAAUCGACAUCUCAGAUGGCGCUCCCAAUGUCACCGAAUUUCCGGUUUUCCCCUGGGUCGCACCGACGACGAAAAGACCACCUUUUGUGUAUACGACGCAUAGGAGACCCAACAGAUAUUGGCACCCAAAGAAAAUAAUCAUCGAGUUCAGAAAGAAGAGGAAACACCACCACAAGCACAAGAAACACAAUUCCAAUUGAAAAUUGGCCCAUUGUCUCGUCUGCAGUUAAGCGUUGCGAAUGUAUUAAACUUUAUAUUAAUGAUAGUAAUAACAACAUAAUAAUAAUAAUACAAAAUCGAUUGUUUGAGAAACG